AUGCCGACCAGAGAAAAAAAACUCAUGUUUGGAGCUGCUUUUUUAACCAGUGUUUUAUCUUUUGUGAUCAUUUGUGUUGUUCUCGGAACCCAGAGAUGGAUCAGCAGCACAGUCAGCUUUUCCCGAACAAACGGCACCGUUUCGGUGACCCUCACCUACGGACUUUUCAGCGGCACCUGUGCCCAGGCCUUUGAAGCUGGAGUUCAGGUUUCAGACACUUCUUUCCAAGUUGCAGAAAUGCUGAACAGCACCAAAACGAAAGGCAUCAACGUCACGAUUAUCGUGCUUCUGGUCCUCAGUUUACUGAGCUCCCUUCUGAGCUCAGGGUUUACGUUCACCAACGCUGUGAGCAAUCCCUACCAGACGUUCCUGGGACCCAUUGGAGUCUAUACCUGGAAUGCCAUAGGCGGAUUCUUCACACUUCUAGUCAUGAUACUUUUUGCCGUGAACAUACAAGGCAACAACCUGUCUGUAGAGCUGGCCACCAAAUGCGCUUCUGUUCAACAGAAUCAUAUCAGAUCUAAACACAAUUAUGAUUAUUCCUACUGGAUCCUGCUGCUUCACAUUCUUUUUAGCUGUGGUACUACAGUCAUCGUUUGUUUCUACAGCUGCGCAAGGUAUUCUAAGAAGAAAGAACAGGAAAGACCAAUUGAAAACGCAUCACAAGACGUCAUUCUGUUUUAAGGAUAUCACCGAAGAGAGGGUGUAAAAGAAAAGGUACUUGAUGUGGACAAUCACGGCCAAUAAUUUAUGUACAAAUUGAAGGUAUGUGUAUAGCUCAAUUAACAAAACACCCUGUUGCACCUUCAAAGCAGAUUGAUUUCACCUUCCAAUGUUAGAUGUUAUUAUAAGCAAACAUGCUGCCUAGACACCCCAAGUAGAAAUGCCAGCAGUGCCUGAUGCCAGCACCAGCCAUCAGGCUGGGGCUUAAGGCACCACACAGGGAUUUUUUUAUUAUUAUUAUUUUUAAUUUUGCUGGAGGGAUCGCUGCAAAUGCACCUCUAGAGGGGAAGGGGCAGCGGCACAAAGAGCUGCCGGCCACUACAAGCCUGAAAGGCCUUUGCAGCCAUGGCCAGCCCUGGAGAGCCACAGCACGAGGACUUGGGGACAGCUCGCUUCUUCAUGUGCUGCCUCUGCCUGUCUGAAAGCCGCAUGUGUGCCAGUCCCGCUGCUGCACAGCACGGAGCGGGUGCUCCCACCUCCUGCUUUCAGGAUCUUCUGGGCUCAGGAUGGAGCUGCCCCAGCUGCCUUGGCUGCACCAACACCAGUGUGUUGUGAAUGCAGCCCUGCUUCGCACUUCGGGUCCAAAGGUGAAGAUCAAAGAGACUGGAUUGUGUUUGCCCUCUGGGACCUUGGGGACAGAAGCAGCGUGAACACCAGGAAUGCUGGAGAUGAUGAGAAGUGGUCACGCAGUAUCAGUGCUUCAUCCAUCCUGCAAUUCUUGCUGCUAUCCAUUCCCUGCUCCGGGACCUUCUCCUGCAGGUCUUUACAACAGUUCCCUGGCAAACAGGGGUGGGCUCGCAGCCCCCUUUCCACUUGGACAAGCCUGUUCACCACCAGUCACUGCACACCAAACCUCAGUGGCGUGGCACCGACCCCCAGCCGGGCUCAGCUCACUCAGAGCCCAGCUAGGGAGGCACAGAGCUGCGGCCGUGGGAGAACUGACAACAGCCUAAACAAGGCAGCACAGCAGCCCCAUAUCUCAGUUCUUCGUCUCCAGAAACCUUAGCAGAACCUGAUUGCAGUCUAUUCAUAGACAUUUGAUAACACAGCCAUAAAGUCCCAUAAAGCCACACCUGUGUUGGGUGCGGCUGGCUGCUCUCCCACAGGCUGCAUUAGGCUGUCAAUUUGCCCCCACGGAAAUGCCAAAUAAUGGGCUUUUUUAGUGAUUUAUGGACAACUUUUUCAUCCCUACGUACAGCGUAACUGGUAUAUAAUGUCUACACAACCAUACAUAACAGCAGAGCUACGCAGGAGGGGUGCACUCCCAUCCCACCAUGCCAAAGGAAAUUCAGCAGACGAGAGUGACCUUUCCCUGGGCAGGGACACAGGGAGCACACUGCCGGGUGAAAUCACUCCCAGCACACAUGUUCCUGGAGACGAGCACAGUGCAAAGCAGUCAGCGCCUUCUGCUCCUUUGCUCCAUACCUCCGCAGCUACAAGAACAAGUUUUUAUUGCACCUUUUUUCCUUUACAGUGGGAUUUUCACAGUCAUGCUUGGUGUCUGCCCUAUGAUGCAAGAGAUAUUCAUAGAGAAAAAAAUAGCAUCUCUGGGGAGAGCACGAGAAGAUACAAGAGGCAACUUCUCACUAUUUAUGUCAAAAAAAUAAAGCUUCAGGAUUAAAGUGCCCUGUACUUUUUGCAGCUGUGCUCUUUCGCAGGAAUCAAAGCAGAGUGUCUGUUUUGUAAGCAUUUGACCAAAAGUAAGAUGAGGCAGAGUGGCGGGGGUAUAAAAGAGGGUUGCUAAGAUUUGAGGAGCGGGAUGGGUCAACGCAAUGAGCGAUGCUAUCUCCUCUCCACUGCUGACAAGAACCAUGCCUAGAACUGCUUCUCACUGCUGUAAACAUUUCAGCUAAAACCUCAGAUAUUUUGCACCCGCGAGCUAAACUGGCGGGAAGUCAAACAUUUGCCAGUUUUGCUUUGGCUGCAAAAAUUUUCACACAGUUCCAGCACGCAUCUGUCACGGUUGCGCUACGCCAGCAUCCAUCACGCAGCACAAUUACACUCGUAUCAGGCACUGGCUUGGAGAGAAAUGAAGUCGUUGUAGCAGAGUAGGGUCAGAGGGGAGGAGGCUCCUGCUCUGAAUAGGAGUGGCUUACCAUUUCAUCAAGGUUUUUC